CAUUACGCCUACGCGCCUACUCGGCCGCCGCCCGCCUCCGCCUCCCACUCCAGGGUCCUUUGUGCGCAGGCGCGCUCUCACUCCUUUGCUCGCAGCGCUCGGCUGAGUCAGUCUGUCGGAGUCUGUCCUCGGAGCAGGCGGAGAGAAGGGGCUUUGCAUCGCCCGCUGACCGAUCAUUAUUUCCCCUCCCUCUCUCCCGCCCCACAUUUCUCUUCACCCCUCUCCUGCCCUUGCUCUUGCAGCCAUGGCGGAGUCGUCGGCGGUCACUCAGUUCCCGUCCGUCUCCUCGUCGUCCUCCGGGGCCGAGCCGUCCGCGCCCGGCGGCGGUGGCGGGAGCCCGGGAGCGUGCCCCGCCCUGGGGGCGAAGAGCUGCGGCUCCUCUUGUGCUGAUUCCUUUGUUUCUUCCUAUUCCUCUCAGCCUGUAUCUAUAUUUUCGACCUCACAAGAGGAAUUGAACUCUCUCUGCUCUGAUGAGCCACCUUCAGAAAUUAUGACUUUCUCCUUUCUUUCAUCUUCUGAAAUACAUAACCCUGACCUUACAGCACUCCAUGGGGAAAAAAGUGAAGUGUUAGGCAGCCAGUCUGUUAUAUCCCAAGAAGGAGAAGACCCCUUGGCUCUUCUAGAUACCAACAAGAUGGAAAAGCUCCAGGGGACCAGUCAGGACAGAGCAGACACUCCAGUUUCUCCUGCAGCAGGAGUUCCUUACAGCCACCCUUCCGCUCCAACCAGUACCCCAGAUCAUUCUGCUUUUCUCUCCAACGAGGCUGGUAGAGUAGAAGGGCAAGUCAGUAAAGACCAAGAGUCCAAGAACCCAGAUGAAGUUCCAUGUAGGGAUAAAACUGCAUUGGAUGCCUGUAACGGGUUCACUUUGCUAACAGCCCAGGAAACGCCCGCUAAGCAGUCUAAGGCAGAAGGCGUUCAUACACAUUCCUUGUCCUGGUCUGAAGUCUCAGAUGGUGGUACUGUAGAGAAAGAGUCCCCUGAAUCACCAUUCGAAGUAAUUGCUGACAAAGCUGCAUUCGACAGAGAAUUCAGCAAUUCAUUGAAGGAGAGCACAAGCGAAUUGGCUGGCUGGGCAGGGCAUGGUGAUAGAGAAUCACCUACAGACAUGUUGGAGAAGAAUGACAAACUGUUUCCACUGCGAAGUAAAGAGGUAGGGCGUUACCCCACCUCUGCAUUGCUCACUAGACAGUUCUCACACACGACUGCAGCGCUGGAAGAAGUGUCCCGAUGUGUGAGUGAUAUGCGUAACUUCACUAAUGAAAUACUGACCUGGGAUUUGGUUCCCCAGGUGAAACAGCAGGCUGAAAAGUCUGAUUAUGCCACAAAAAGUGCAGCACUUAACAGAAAUGACUAUCCUUCAGAAAUUCCAGUUGUAAAUCUUAAAACAAACACUCAUUAUAAAAUUCCUGUAUGCUCUAUUAAUGGGAGCACUGCUGUAAGCAAGUCUCCAGGUAACUGGGUAAAAGAUUCUCUCCCACAAGAAAAUUCUGUCAUUCAAAAACAAACAAGAGACCGUCUCAGUCCCACAAGAGAAGUCAGUGUCAAAGGUGUGCAAGGAAAUCCACAGAAACAAGGUAAUAUGCUUUCAGAGUUGCCUGGAUCUCCAUGUGGAGCAGAUGCAGUGAAAGUGAUUUUAUCUGAUGACCACCUGCGGGAUGAAAUAAAUUGGCAGAACCCAGCUUUAGGAGAAGUAGCAGAGGCUGAUAGUUCUGGUGAGUCUGACGACACAGUUACAGAGGACAUCACAGCAGACAGAUCAUUUGAAACUAACAAAAUUCUAGCCAGAAAUCCUGUCUCUACUCCAGAUGCUGUUGUGAAAACAGAUCAAAGGGAAAUCAAAGAGCUUCCCAGUUAUAAGACAGAAAAUAAAACCUCUGAAAACUCUAAAGAGCCAGUCAGUGAUUCUGAGAUGCCUCAGGUUCAGCCUGAUAUUCUUGGAAGAAGUCCAGUUGGUAAAGCAGUGUGUUCACAGAUACCGCACACAGACGUUAUAUCGGAAGACAGGAAGCAGCCGGGGACUAUGAGUGAAGCUGCUCCUGAAAAGCUUAUCACAGCCGACAACCCACAGCUUCCUUCAGCAGCGCCUCCAAAUGCUUUUAAUGAGGCAGAAUUCUCACUGAAUCUGGAGGCUUCUGCCAAUUCGGAGUCAUUACAUGGAAAACAUGUUAAAGAUAUAGAUGAAUCUUCCCCAGAGGACUUGAUAGCAGCCAUUACAGAAACCAGAGAGGAAAGAACAAUAGAGAGAGAGGAAGGAGCUGUCUGUGAAGCAGUAUCAGAAAAGAUGACAGACUGUAAAAACACUCUUUCUAUGGGUGAGUCAGGUGGUUCUCAAGUUAAAGACAUUAAAGGCGAAUACAUUGAACAAAGCCAGGAAACAAGAGGAAGCAAGAUUCUGGGUGUUUUCCCUACCCAAGGUCCAGUGGCAUCCUUUGACCUAGAGCAAGAACAGCUUACAAUCAGAGCCCUUAAAGAAUUAGGAGAAAGACAGGCCACAAAGUCAGCUGCUGCUCAGGAAGAAGAAUCUCCUUCUAAAGAAAGACUCACAUUUGCUCCAGAAUCCUGGCCACAGAGGUCAUAUGAUGUUCUGGGACACACAGCUGUCAAGAUUGGAUCUGAUCUUGGGCUAUCUAAAAAGCCCACUGUUUUCAAAGAAACUAGGGUAGAUAUAAUUCCCAGCCUUAGCAAGACUGACCUGGUAAACAAGCAUGUCCUAGCAAGACUUCUGACAGACUUCUCAGUGCACGAUCUGAUUUUCUGGCGAGAUGUGAAGAAGACUGGGUUUGUUUUUGGCACCACGCUGAUCGUGCUGCUGUCCCUGGCAGCUUUCAGUGUCAUCAGUGUGGUUUCUUACCUCAUCCUGGCUCUGCUGUCUGUCACCAUCAGCUUUAGAGUCUACAAGUCUGUCAUCCAAGCUGUGCAGAAGUCAGAAGAAGGCCACCCAUUCAAAGCCUACUUGGACUUGGACAUCACCCUGUCCUCGGAAGCGUUCCACAACUACGUGAAUGCUGCCAUGGUGCACGUCAACAGGGCCUUGAAGCUCAUUAUCCGUCUCUUCCUGGUGGAGGAUCUGGUGGACUCCUUGAAGCUGGCUGUGUUCAUGUGGCUGAUGACCUAUGUCGGUGCCGUGUUUAAUGGAAUCACCCUUCUGAUUCUCGGUGAGCUGCUAGUUUUCAGUGUCCCAAUUGUCUACGAAAAGUACAAGACCCAGAUUGAUCACUACAUUGGCAUUGCCCGGGAUCAGACCAAGUCGAUUGUUGAAAAGAUCCAAGCAAAACUCCCUGGAAUUGCCAAAAAAAAGGCCGAAUAAGCAAAUGGAAAACAGAACUACAACCGUUACUAAAACACCACUUAAAUAGUUAUAAGUUACUUGUACUAUGAAGGAACAGCUCAGUGUCAGCUUGAGCCUGCAUUCCAAGCUUUUUUUUAAUUUGGUGUUUUCUUCCCGCCUUUCUCCUUACCCUCAAUAUCAAGCACAAGAAAUGUUGGAUUGAAAAAAGACCUGAUACCUUAGAGCCCAAAAGAAUAAAGUAAAAUCAAAUUAGUGCACUAAAUCAUACCCUAAUGGUGAUGGAGCUUUUACGUAGCAUGAAAGGCGAGAAAUCAAAGGUGAAUGACACAACAGAUUUCUGGGUCCUUCUGUCCAGUCUACAGGACUAGUUGUAGGCAGCACCCAUUGUAGUUUCACCUUUAUUUUUUAAAAAUAAUUAACUUAUGAAGAAACUGUUGGAGGACAGGAGUGGGAUUCCUUCCCUUGGAUUUUUGGGGCCCUCUGAUCCCAUCUUCCUGCCUCACACUGAGCAGCUACUCCUAAUACUCUUCUUCUAAGGAUAACUUCCAACUCUUGAGUAACGGAUAGGUGACAGUAGUAACUCCUGGGCCCCAGAAUGCCAUCUGAGAAGGAAGAGUGGAAAGAGAAACUGGGACAGGUGCAGGGAGGGCGUGGGCAGGGCCAGGCCAGGCUUGGCUGCCCACCUCCAGUGACGGAAGGGCUCCGCUGGCUGCGAGGCAGGCGUCCCUGUCACCCUUCUCUGUCAGGUCCAGUUCCAAGCACUCACAGGAGAACAUUCUCAAAUGUGCUUCCCCUCUCUUCCCUGCCCACCUCGAGUUGUCCUUUUAUUAUGAAAUAAAUGUCUGUAACUGCUGUACACUGCUGUAAACUUGUUAGAGAAAAAAUAAUCUGCAUGUGUGCACCCCAGUUAUUGUACUAUUAUCUUAGUCUGGGGGAACAUUCUCGAGGUGAACUUAUAGCUUUUUUUGUCUUUUCCCCCUGCUUUCGUACGUGCUGCGUCUUCAGCCUCUGUUUCCCAUCAGUGUAGCCUGAGGACCAAAGCCGGGCUGGCUUGCGUGUUUGUGGUUCCUGUGGCCCUUAGCUGCUCUGAGGCUACCUUAGGAGUACAUGUCAUCAGGAGAGUUCUUCCCACUUCCAUAAAGUGGCCCAGGGUGUUCCUCUGGAGAGUACUGUCCAAGCAGUUUUAGGUGGGGGUGACUGAGCAGGGCCUGAUUGUACUGGUGGACUUUGCAUUAGUGGACAACAGAGCAACUCAUGUGGAUGCCAUGUGGAAUGGAAUGGGACUGGGACUAAGUUUCUUCGAGCCCUUCCACAAGGAAUCCAGGCAGCUGCAAAGCAGUGGAACCCACGGGCGGGCAUUCUCCCAUGGGGCCUCGUAGCCCUGCUCAGGCAGCAGGGACUGGGCGCCGGGACGUGCUAAGCAAAGGCUACAGCGCUCGAUGGCCCUGAAGUACUGCAGCUCUGUAGAAAGUGGUGGGAAGGGGCUGGGGAUUUAGCUCAGUGGCAUAAAGCGCCUGCCUUGCAAGCAGGCAGUCGUGAGUUCAAUCCCUGGUACCGAUAAAAAACGAAAAAGACAAAAAAAAAAAAAAGAAAGUGGUGGGAAGAAUUUUCUUUCCACAUUCUCUGGAAACUCUUAGGAACUUAAGUGAGUAAAAGCUACUCUUGCCUUACUCCAUUCUCUCAGCUCCAUGUCCUUGGGAUUCUUGGCUGCUUUCUGUGCUAGUAGGAAAGUCCCUCUCCAUCACCAUCCUUUGCCCUCCCAGCAGUCUGCGCACGGGACCUUCAGUGCUGGGCUGCCACACCCUGCUUUUUUCUUUUGUUGCUGCUGUGUUAAGUGGAAAGAUCUUUACUCCACGCAGGAGUUUUUUUUUUCUAAGAAAAACCUAUAGACAAAUUACUAAUGAAAUCGUGUGUGCGAGUCUGUGCGUGCAACAUAAAAAUACAGUAGCACCCAAGAAGCUUGAAUCUUGGUUCCUGUAAAACUGCAAAUUGAUGUGGUUAAUUUAAAAAUAAAGAACACAAUGACUGUGGUGUCA